AUGGAUCUUGUCCUUCGAGCCAUUGUUUGGGGUACGCAGCAUUUCAGGCCCUAUAUUGAAGGACGACCAUUCAAAGUUUGGACAGACCAUCGAUCUUUGCAAUGGCUGAGAAACAUAAAAGAUCCUACAAGUCGUCUAGCAAGAUGGGCUAUAAAACUCGAUGCCUACAACAUGGUUAUUAAACAACAUCCUGGUAAAGUCAAUUCUAAUAUCGAUGCUCUUUCCAGAUACCCUUUAAAAUCUGAGGUCGUAGCAGUCCUGCAAACGAAUGGUAUUUUUAUCGGUCCUCUAGAAGAAAAUCAAGAAGUUUCUGUUAAUCUUUGGGACCAUUGUAACAUUUUAGAUGAUAUAAAGUUGGCUCAAUGCCGGGAUAAAAAUUAUAGCCCUCUUAUUUCAUUUAUUCAAGAUGAUAUUCAACCUGAUGAUGAAGUUUUACAUCGAAAACUCGAAAAUCUUGCCAAAAUCCAUAGAGUUAUUAAUGGGAAAAUUCUUAAAUUAGCCCAUGAUCAUUCAAUUUCAGAUCAUUUUGGACGCCGAAAAAUCCUACAUCGAAUAUCGAUUCGCUUCUUUUGGGAAGGGGGAAUAAAAUCGAAAAAAAUCGCACAAGUUUUGCAUGAUGAAGUCAUAUGCCGCCAUGGUGUUCCGGUAAAAAUAGUUUCUUAUAACGGAGCGCAAUUUGUUGCAGAGAUUUUUCGAGAAACUUUAAAAAUCAUGGGCAUUCGACAUCGAACAACCGCUCUUUAUCAUCCUCAAUCCAACCUAUCUGAGCGUGUUAAUAGAACACCAAAGCCGAUGCUGGCUAUUUUUGCUCAAAACGAAACUCCUGCAUUUUUAAUGUACGAUCGGGAACUUAAAUUGCCUCUUGACUUAAUGUAUGGUCCAGAAGUUGAUGUUCUUGAUGAAUUAAGAUCAUACGGUGAAGUACGGUCGUACACGGAACGUCUGACAGCAAUUUUAGAGUCUGCGCAUGAAUCGGCUAAAGAGAAUCUUGAAAUAGCUCGAGAAAAUCAAAAAUCAUCAUACGAUUUACAUCGUAAAAAUGUACAAUUUGCCGUAGGCGAGAAGGUUUUGAUGGCAAAUACCGCUGGUUCUGCUUUAGAUUAUGAGCUAAUAUCUGAAGAUGAUGGCGCUGUUUUAAGUCCGAUUCAUGUUGAACGGCUUAGACCAUAUCAUGAACAGAGUUUCCUAAUCUGA